AUGACGCCCCCAACGACAAAGGCAGACAAGGCGGCCUACUCGGAGCGAAUGUCGUACUAUCUCAACAAAGUCAACCCUGUGCCCACUCUACCAGAGUACACAGGCCCCUACAAAGUUGGCACCGCCGAUGUCGAGAUCCCAAUCGCCGACCUCCAUGCGCCGAGCUCAGCCCCUUCCCAUGCCGCGGACAUUCCGACCGUCCAGUUCCGCAUCUUCUACCCUGCCCAGCCAGACAGCAAGGGAAAGAGGAUCACAUGGCUGCCAGCCCCUCAACGAAGUCACGUCACAGCUUAUACCAAAUUCCUUGGCUUUGGUGCCUUCACGUCUGAGCUUCUCUCGUUUCUCCCACGCCAUGUACAUUAUACCACAAUACCCGUCCACAAGAAUGCUACCAUCCUCGAGCCCGAGCACAUUCCGAACAAGCGAUGGCCUACCAUGAUCUUCUCCCACGGGCUCGGCGGCAAUCGCAACGCAUACUCCCAUGUGGCCGGCUCUAUGGCCUCACACGGAGUUGUGGCGAUAUGCCCGGAACAUCGCGACGGAAGUGCAGCCGUGUCGUUCAUCCGAGACCCCGCCGCUCAGGACAGAUUCUUUGCGAAAACACCAGGCGCACACGGGCUGCCCAUCAAGAACUUGAACGCCAGCACACCGACAGAAUGUCUCGGCCAGCUCGCGACGAAGAUGAAUGUGCAAGAGCCAGGGUCUAUCAUGUUCAGCGGGCAUUCGUUCGGCGCGGCAACGGUGGUGCAGUUCCUGAAAUCCACAUACUAUGCCGGUGCACCCGAGCUCAAGGACUUGGACGAGCCCCUCUUCGUGCCUGCACCAGGCACCCGUAUACGGGCACAGAUAACGCCAGCAAACCUCCUUAUCUUGCUCGAUAUGUGGUGUUUUCCGCUGAUUUCGCCUACCACCGCGGCUCUGUAUCGCCUACCACUGCCAGCAUACGCAGACAACGUCCCAACGGCACCAGGCGGGUCCGCCAUCCUCGCUGUCGAGUCCGAGGCCUUCGUCAAGUGGACCGAGCACCUACACGCCAAGUGUCGGAUCCUCUCGCCAGAUCCCAGCGCCCCCAUCGUCAAGGCCUCAGCAUUCGAGCGCCCUGGUUCGGGCGUCCGGCUGCCGGAGCCAAAUUUCUUCUACGUCGUCAACAGCGCGCAUCUGAACCAGAGCGACUUUGCUGUGCUGUUCCCCUGGCUGACCAAGAAGGUGUUCGGGUCCGACGAGCCGGAGAGGGCGCUGAGGCUGAACGUGCGGGCAUGUGUGCAGCUCCUGCGGACGAACGGCGUGCCUGUGGCCCGGACCUGGUUCGGCGACCUGGUCGAGGGCACCGACACGGGCGCGAAGCUGGGUGCUGUGGAGACCAGCAGUCGGUCUGGCGCUGAGGACGGGGGUGUCGACGAUGGCAUCCAGGACGAUAAGGCCAUUUUCGACAGGAGCGGGAACGGCGUCGUCGACCAGUGGAAAUGGAUCGAUAUUGUGGGCAUGGGCGGCGAGUCCGGGCACGAAGGCGAGCACGGAAAGCCCGAGGCCGUCGAAGGGGAGAGCGAGAUGGAGAACGAAGUCGAAAUGGGCGCUGAUACGCAGCCGGUCGCUGCUGCAGUAAGCGCCGCAGCGGCGUGA